ACUGUACAUUCAUAUCAUUUUUCUUCUCUGGCCUCAUGGAGGAAGUGAGAAAGUUGGCACGGUCACCCAGGGCUUCGCAGGACCCAGUCAUUCAGUGACACAUGGACACUGCAAGAAUGAGCUCCUUCUUGGAAUAUCCCAUCCUUAGCAGUGGCGACUCCGGGACCUGCUCCGCGCGAGCCUACCCCUCGGAUCAUGGGAUUACAACUUUCCAAUCCUGCGCCGUCAGUGCCAACAGCUGCGGCGGCGACGAUCGCUUCUUAGUGGGCAGGGGGGUGCAGAUCAGUUCGCCUCACCACCACCACCACCACCACCAUCACCACCAUCAUCACUCCCAGCCGACUACUUACCAGACUUCUGGGAACCUGGGGGUGCCCUACUCCCACUCGAGUUGUGGUCCAAGCUAUAGUGCGCAGAACUUCAGUGCGCCUUACAGCCCUUACGGCUUAAAUCAGGAAGCAGACGUAAGUGGUGGGUACCCCCCGUGCGCUCCCACUGUUUACUCUGGAAACCUCUCAUCUCCCAUGGUACAGCAUCACCACCACCACCAGGGUUAUACUGGGGGCACGGUGGGCUCGCCUCAGUACAUUCACCACUCAUAUGGACAAGAGCAUCAGAACCUGGCCCUGGCCACGUAUAAUAACUCCCUGUCCCCUCUCCACGCCAGCCACCAAGAAGCCUGUCGCUCACCUGUGUCGGAGACAUCUUCUCCAGCCCAGACCUUUGACUGGAUGAAAGUCAAAAGAAACCCUCCCAAAACAGGGAAAGUUGGAGAAUAUGGCUACGUGGGUCAGCCCAACGCAGUGCGCACUAACUUCACCACCAAGCAGCUCACGGAGCUGGAGAAGGAGUUCCACUUCAACAAGUACUUGACACGCGCCCGCAGGGUGGAGAUCGCUGCGUCCUUGCAGCUCAACGAGACCCAGGUGAAGAUCUGGUUCCAGAACCGCCGGAUGAAGCAGAAGAAACGUGAGAAGGAGGGGCUCUUGCCCAUUUCUCCCACCACCCCUCCAGGAAGCGAUGAAAAGGCCGAGGAAUCCUCAGAGAAAUCCAACUCCUCACCCUGCGUUCCUUCUCCUGGGUCUUCUACCUCAGACACUGUGACUACCUCCCACUGAGGCCACCCCAGCCCCAGCCCCAGGUCCCAAGCUACUCCCAGGACUGGGAUUUCUAAACCAAAGCACAUUCUUAGCUUAUCUUCCUUACUUUACAGUCUCUCUCUUCCUUUCUGAUCCUAUCUGGGGAACUCCUGGCCAGGAGAAUGUGUUUCCAGAGAAUUCUGGAGAUUGGUUGGAUGUUAACUCCUUAAUCCCAUUGGGUACCAGCAUCAAUGUCUGGUGGGUCACUAACAUCCCGUAUUGAUCGUUGGAGAUUUUUCACAGGACUUACAAUUCAAUUCCUGUCAGAUGGAAAAUAGUUCCCUUUGCCAGCAGAUACUUGCCAGAGGGAGGUAUCUCAUCUUUUCCCUGUGCAUUACAGUUCUCUACCUUGCCCUUAAGUAGGAUUUAAAAAAAGAGGGCCUAGGAACUCACAAAGAAGAGAUGCACUAUGGGUGUGUUUACACUACUAAUCCAUUCUUUAAAGUCAGUUUCAUAUGUGUGAGUUUGUUGGUUGUAAAUACUUUCUCUUUAGAGGUUUAUCUUUAUACAGAUUUUCUAGAAACAUUUAGGUGACCAAAUUGAGCAGGGUGGGCAAACCAUAGGUGAAGGAUCAUAUAAACACAAUCAAGAUGCCUCAGAAGGUAGCCUCAAUUUGUUCUUUUAGGGUUAAGAAGCCUGCAAAGCACAAGGUUCAGAACCCUAGCUUUCUGUGCUGUCCCUCCCCAGUUCUACCCAAUUCUUGCUUCUCUGGCCGCUCUCUAUUUAAAACUUGUGCUGGAUUAUUUGGAUCCUAAAGGUAUUCUUUAAAUCAACCUUUCUUUCCACAGUGAUCUCAGCUGGAUAUGAUAUAUUUUCAGCUAAUUGUUAAUGUGAUGGAUGGCACAAUGAAUGUAUAUUUUGUGUGAUUCGUGAAUAGUCUUUUGCAUGUCGCACAAUGUUUUGAUGUCCCUGAAGUAACACUGAGUUCUAUCAGUUAUCCUUUGUGAACCCUAUGAUAGCCCCCAUUUCCUGUACAAUCAUGAACAGCCCUGAGAUCCUGGAGUGGUGCGAUCCAGAGCAGAGUUUACGGGUCUUAAGAUGUCUGUAAUAAAUAUAUUCAA